AACUUUUUAGAUUUAAUAUGGAUCCCAUCAGGAGUGCGCAAGAUGUCAUCCGAUGUGACGUUUGUGAGACAGCUAUAGUACAGAAGUACUGUGAUUUCUGUCAUGUCAAUCUGUGCAUUCCUUGCAUAGGAAAACAUAUUUCUGAUGACUAUGACAAACAUAAAGUAGUCCCAUACCGAGAAAAAAAGUCAACUUUAAUCUAUCCUAAGUGCUCGGUACAUCAAACAAGAAACAGCGAGUUUCACUGUGAAACGUGCACAACCUCAGUGUGUUCUUUGUGUGCUAUAUCUGAUACACAUAGGGGACAUAUAGUUUCAUCUCUUUCUGAUCUCUUUUAUUCCAAGAGGAAAGUUAUUGGAAAAGAUGCUUUAGAAUUAGAAAACUCAAUUUCUCCAACGUAUGCAGAAAUUGCAAAUGAAAUAGAAACCCAGAUAGCUAACUUAGAUGGGAAAUAUGGAAAUCUUACAACAACGUUGAUUAAAUGUGGAGAAGAAUGGCACAGAGAAGUCGAUGUAAUUGUCGAGAAAUUAAGAAUUGAAAUAGAAAAUGGAAAAACAAAACAUGAGAGUAUUUUAAAGGAGCAUUUGAAUAAAAUCAAACAGAUACAAAGUCUUAUUGAACAAACACUUCUAAAUCUUCGACAAAUUGAAGAUUCCAAUGAUGUAUCUUUGACCAUGGAAUACAUCUCACGAACCAAAAAGUUAAGCAAGUUACCUGCAAAGAUUCAAAUAUCGCUACCAACUUUCAGUUUAAAGACAAUAGACAAAGAACAGUUUUACAAGCUAUUCGGAUAUUUAACCCCAGUAUCCGUCACAACGGCGGAAAAUGGCUACGAAGUGAAGAAACCAAAGAUAUCAACAAAAGGGAUGCUGGAGUCACCAACUUGGGACACAGAGAACAUGCCCUCUACCGAUAAACUGGUGGUGGCAGCCAUUGACGUAGGUUCCAUCUACAGCGGCAUUGCAUUUUCCUAUAAACAUGACUACGAGAACGACCCUUUGAAGAUAAGGUCCAACAACUGGGCAUCGGAUUUCGGGGGUCUAGUCACCCUAAAGACCCCCACCUGUGUUCUGUUUAACAAAGACAAAGGGUUCCACUCGUUCGGUUACGAAGCGGAGGAUAAAUAUUCAGAACUCAGAGUGGAUGGGGAACAAUAUGAGUGGUAUUACUUCAGGAGGUUCUCUGUGCCACUCAUUAACAGAUGGGCACCAUUUUUAAACACCUUGAUAAUGAAAUCUAUGGACGGGAAGGAGAUGAUGGCUUUGGAUGUGUUUUCAGCGGUCAUUAAAUUCUUCAGGGGUCACCUACUACAUUCUCUGGAACAAGAAGGCACAAGGAUCCAUGAAACUGACAUAGGCUGGGUCUUAACAGUAUCUGCUAUCUGUGAUAAUUCUGCCAGACAGUUUAUGAGAGAGGCGGCAGUUAGGGCUGGAAUAGCCGGGGACCAGUUACUGAUAGCACUGGAGCCUGAGGUGGCCUCAUUAUAUUGUAAACAUCUCCCCGUAGAUAAACUGCAGCAUGAAGUAGGCGUCCAGGGAUUCGAGGCAUUCUCCAAGGGAAGCAAAUACCUAGUUUUAGAUUGUGGGGGAUUAAACGUAGAUAUCACCGUCUAUAAAGUACAACCUGAUCUCAGCCUAAAGGAGCUUUACAGAGCUAGUAGAGGAGCGUUGGGAGGGAAACAGGUAGAUGAGGCCUUCAAACAGAUGCUGAUCAAAAUAUUAGGAGCCCCUGUCAUCGAUCUGUUUGCCGACUCAUUUACAACUGAUUAUGUGGACAUUUUUAGAGAAUUCGAAACCAAGAAGCGUGUCAUUACUAGUGAAACAAAGGUCGAGGUCACCUUAAAAAUUCCUAUUUCUCUGGUUUUCACUUUUCAAGAGAACACAGGGGAAAAUAUUACAAAGACAAUAGAGAAUUCCACGUAUUCAGGAAAAAUUAAAUGGGUGGGGAACAGAUGCAGUAUAACAGCAGAUGUGAUGAAGAGUUUUUUUAAAGUGGCAGUGGAUCCGAUCGUGAAUCAUGUUAGAGACAUAUUAAAAAAGCCAGAUAUCUCAGAUACCAACAAUAUCAUAAUGGUCGGCGGAUUUUCUGAGUCACCAAUUCUACAGGACAUGAUCAAGCAAUCUUUUCCAGAUGUGAGAGUUAUUAUUCCACCCGAACCAGGGCUUGCAGUCCUCAAGGGGGCAGUGCUGUUUGGACAUAAUCCUGUCACCAUUUCUUCUCGCAUUACCAAAUAUAGCUAAUAUAAUCCACUUUAAUCCAAGCAUUGGAACAAAGAAA